AUGUAUGGUGUCCCGUUAAUUCCUCCUUUCACGCCUGAUAAUUUUGCCACCUACCCCCACAACAACAGAGAAUGGGCGUAUCUGAUUAACGUCAUAUAUUGUGAUCCACAAGGAAGUCGCCCGGAAGAAACGGGUAUAGAAGGAACUCAGUUUUGCUUGGAUGAGGGCGGUGAUGUGACCUGGACCAUAGCUGAAGGAGCAGACUCUGUUCCUUUAUUCAGUUGUGAAACGUAUGAAGUGUACAGUACAUCUGGAGCUGGUGUGAUUCGUUUUGGUGCAUAUGCUGGCCAUGUAAUAGAGUUUAGAGUGGAACGACCAGAAGCACAGGAUGUUAUGAUAUUGUCUUGCGAUGGUUGGUGUGUCCUACAUUGUAAAAGAAUAGCAGAAACAGAACCUGAUCCUCCAAUAGAUUCAACAUUCUCAUUGCUGCCGGCUCUGGAAGAUGGAUAUUUUUCUGAUUUAUCUAUUACUGCAUGUAAUAGUAAACAGUUUGCAGUACAUACAUGUAUUCUACGAUUGAGUGCACCAGAACUUGACUGGUCCAGUCAACCUCCUCCACUUUCUGGACUUCCAGAGGAUGUUCUUGGGACAAUUCUUCAUUUUUUAUACUCUGAGUGCUUGCCAGUUAACUUAGCAGAACAAACAGCUCGACAAUGUAUUUCUGCUGCUUCAAGUUUGCCAGGGCUCGAGAGGCUUGUACAGAUGUGUGAACUGUACUUGAAGAAUAUGGCUUUAAAACAACAAAUUAUUGGAUUGGUCUCUGAUAUGCAUGCAUGUGCCAGCCAAAUAAUUGAUCACUUCACUUCUAAAACAUCUCCUGGGGAUCAUGGUGCAGAAAAUUUGAAUUCAAAUCCAGCAAAGCUCUGUUUUGUCGUGAAACAGUCUGUUCGGGAAGCUGCAGUAGCGGGAGUUAAGUUAUUACUUCUCUGUGAUGUUUUCACUAAAAGGAAAUCAGAAUUAUCUCGUGAAGAACGACAUGAAAUAAUAAGAUACGCGAAGUCUCGUCUACCUGUAUUUAUGAAUCAACUUCAUCGAUUUCUGCAAGGUAUUAAAUCAACAUUUAGCAGCAUGUCUCCAAGUCAGAGGCAAGAAGUUGCUACUUAUUUGGUGCCAGAGAUUGAGACAAUACUGGACACUGUUUCGGCAUUGGUUGUUGAAGUAAAAUCGGCUCUGGAGCAGAUUAUUACUGCCUUAUCGCCUAAUGAAAGCACACGGGUUCAGAAAGGUCCUGUUAGUGAUGUGUUGGGGAAAUCAUUAAAUAAUGUACUGCACAUAAGAGAAUUAACUAAACUCAGAAACUUCCAUCAAAGAAUCACUUUUAGUUUAGUCCAUCUGCUCCAAAAAAAAGACAGCUUUAAUGAUAUGACCAGUGCCAAUAAAGUUCGUUCAGUUGCAAGAAAUUUGGAACAAUUAAUUGAAGAAUUACCAAUAUUUUUACUACGCCUUGAAGAAGUUACUGCGGCCUUGGACGAUAGAUUAGAUUGGCGAGAAUUUAAAUUCUGUUUUAAAGUUGGUACAUCAAAGGUGUCUGGUAUUCUUCACAAAUUGUUGCAACAUAGUGAUACUCUUCAGGAUGUUAUGGUUCAGCUUUGUGAACUUGUCCAGAGAGACACUUUCACACAGUCACUGCUUUCUUUGGGAUUGCUGGAUCCUGCUCAUUAUGUUGGAUCUUCUGCAGAGAAUCAUAAUCCAGGUGUAAGAGCACACACUUUUUCCACUCCUAAGCAACAUGGAUACAAAUUAAAUCUUGUGGAGUCUCUUUGUAUUCCGCCCAUGUCGAGGAACAGUCAAAUAUCAAAGGCUGCCAUUCAAUUACUGAAAUCAGGCAAUGAUACAGAUAUGGUCUUCGAAGUUGUCCCAUCACAAGAUGCUCCUGAUUGCGUAAUUGAUCACAGUCAAGGUGGGGUUCAUCUUGAAGUUUCUUCUGGGCCAGAACAUGGAAAUAGUGAAGAAAUAUGUACGAUUCAGGCUCAUAGGGUCAUUGUUGCUGCUCGCUGUGACUGGUUUCGACGAGCCUUGCUGUCAGGAAUGCGUGAAGCCAUAGAUAGGAAAAUAGUUAUUCAUGAUACAAAUCCAUUCUUGUUCUCCAUUUUUCUAAACUACUUAUACAGUGGACAACUACGAACCCGUGAAUUAUCUGUGGAUCAAUUGGCUGAUCUCAUGCUCUUGAGUGAUAGAUAUGAAGUUGACUCUCUUAAGCAAGCCUGUGAACAUGGCUUGAAACGGCAUAUUGAUGAAGACUCUGUUUUGUAUUUCCUAAGCAUGGGAGAUCAAUUUAAUGCUAAGCUUUUAAGGAGUGCCUGUUUAAAUUUUAUUUCUUUGAACCCUGAUAUAAUGGAUAGUGAAUUAUUUGGUGAAUUGCCUGGAAACCUUCAAGCUGAAAUUUAUGAUUUGCUUAUUUGGGUAAAACCUAGGAAAUCGCAGACUACAGAGAAACUCUUGCCUUUUCCUCAAUGUCCCACUCCAGAAACACCAACGUCUUUAUCUGAUUUAGAAGAAAUGGCAUCGAAUAUGCACAUCAAUAGUCGAGAAGUGGAAGCAUCAGACUCCAGUUCUUUGGAAGAAUUACCUUUAACACAAGAUUCUGCUCGAUUGGAAAGCUGUUUGGUUCAGUUGCGAGAUAUUGUAGGUGAAUCAGUUUCUCGUGAUCAAUUGGUUCAGAUUGCUUUAGCUGCGGAUUAUGACAUUAAUCGAGCUGCCAAUUUUUAUUAUUCGUCCUGAAGGCUAAAACAAGGUCGCCUCAGUUCUUGGCGAACCUAAUAGGGACUACAUAUUUAUGAAAUGGCUUGUUUUGAAAAGUUGCACCAGGAGUGUGAUUUAUUAUUGUUUUCAACAUGUGAAAGUUUUGUACUGACAUCUGGUAUAGAUGACAUGGCAACUUUUACAUAUGCAAGCAUGAAGGAAGUGAGGUCAUGAGUGAACUUGCAGAAAAUGGAGCACCUAGUGAAUUUUAAUUUAUAUUUUUUUAAAGUGUAUAUAGAGGAUGCGUGUAGAAGUUGUGAAUUCUUUUUCACUUUCAUUGCAGAAGAUUUUGCCUAGUUACCAUUUACUAAUAUAUUAUAUAUUAAGAGCAAUCUGUCUGUCAGUAUCAGUAUUGUAUUAUCUCCACGUCUCUUUCUUUUAAAAAAGCUGUAAUUUUUAAAGUUAGAAUGUGUGGGAUUUUUGUUUUGUGAUUUUGAAUGUUGUAUGAUGAAAGGUUUGCCUAGCUUUUUGAGAAUAUGCUAUGGUUUUAUUGAGUGAAUAGAUUUUAUAGAGGUACUUAAUAAUAGAUGGAUAAUAUUCUUCUUCUUGAUGAUGAUCUUUCAAAAUCCGUAUUUUAUUUCUCCUUUCUUUAUGAAGCAGUUUUUCAUUUCUUCCUUUUGUUGCUAAGUAUGUAGCGCAUUAAGCUCUGGUUUUAAUGUACGUUUUUAUGAUCAUGACAUACAAUUGAUAUUUUUUUCUGCAAUUUAUUAAUAUUUCUUUGUGUUAAAUACUGUAUAUUGUGAUUUUGUUUUUCAUUCAAUAGCAUUUUCAAUUAAAUCUGUUUAUUAGUGUUGAAAAAAUAGAGAACUUUUAAGAAUAAUUGUUACAUUUAUAAAUAAAACUUGUUAAAUGAUUCUCAUAUUUGAAGUUCAUUUGUUUAUUAGUUUAUACACUUUAUUUAUUGGGGGUUUCAGUAAGUCUUAUGUGAACUCGUGUACAUAGUACUAUUAACACAAGAAUUGUGCUUUAUGCUGGGGAGUGAGAUUUAAAUGUAGCAUCAUGAGAAAAAUAUUUUGAUUCACAUUCAGGAUGUAUACUUUGUGUAUGCUAAUUGCCCUGUUAUGAUGUUAUGUCUUCUGUUGUUUGGUUUGGGGAUGAUUUAUUUGCUUGUUUGUUUAUUUGGUUUGUUUAUUGAUUAUAUGAUAUUUUUACAUAUUGAUUGAUUGAUUCAUUCAUUUUAUUCAUUGAUUGAUUCCCCAUUUAUUAAGGUGUUUCUUGUCUUGUUGGUACAAAUAAUUUAUGUGCAGCAAGAUUACAAUUUAAAAAUUGGAAAGGUGUAUGUUGUCAUUUGGAAGUAUUCUUAACAUGUAAUAUUUUGAACUUUAUGUAAAUUACUGUAGUGUUUUUGAAGCAUUUCUGCCUUACACUGUUGUAGGAGUUUUGAAGUUCUUUCCGGUGUGGUUGAAUGAUUGAAAAGAAUGAGCUAAUAGCAUUACUGCAUGAAAGAAAUGUGGAAUGAAAUUGUCAUGUUACACUGUGAUUUUUGCCAAGAACGUAAUUAAUGUGAAGAGAAAUGUAUUUUAAUUUUUGAAGUCAUGGCUACAUUGUACUUACACUAUUGUAAUCCAGUGAUGAAAUUGUUUUACGAUAAUCUGCACUGCAUGUCUCGUAAAAUACAUCAAUGGUAGCUUUAUUUUGUUGAAAAUCUUUAAAGAUCCAAAUAUAUUUGUUGGACCUGUCCCUAAGGUCCUUCUUAUGUCAUGUUAUAGUUAUUGGUCAAUCAGUCUAUUGUACAAAAGUUUUAUAUUUCAAGAACUUUUUGGGGAUGUUGACUAUUUAAUUUUUGUAAAAAAACUUAUUAUUCAUUACAUCUGAUGAUUCUGAAAAUAAUUGUCUUAUAGAUUGUAAAUCAUAAGUUAAACUAAAAGAUGAACAUUUUAAUUUCAUGUGAGUUUUUGCUGAGUGUAUUUUGUUUAUUGCUGGUAAAUUUAUUGUAUCAAUAGAAUUGCUAUGUUACUCAUUAACCAGUUUCUUUUAUUUUAAUAUUUAUGUGUGAGAAAAUCAAGAAAAGGAGUAGGAUUUGCCUUAUUGCAAGUGAACUGCCAAUAUCUUGAUAGUACUGCUGACUGUUCUAGCAUGUACAUUGUGUUAUCAGCUGUGUAGGCAGCUGAGAUAAAGUAAUUGUGUUGUAUCUAGUGUAUAUAAUAGUGUGUUAUAAUUCAAAACAAUUUGUUAAGUUUUUGCCUGGUCUUGUCGGUAUCAUGGUUUCCAAUCAUUGGUACUUGUUAAUACUUUAACUCUGUUAACAUUCUAAUAAUACACAUCUACUACAUGUUCACAUAUAUUGAAUUAUGAGCAUGCUUCUUAUAAUUGUUAUAACAAAGAUUGAAAUUCAUGAUUAACCGACAAAACCUAGCAUAGGCCUAUGUACAGUAUUAUAAAAGAGAGUGAGUUAUUGUGGCUGUUUCAGAUUUUGAAGUGAUUUGCAUUUCAUUUAAAUGUUUGUGUGUUUUUGUAAUAAGCUGUACUUUCUUCUAUGCGAAAACAUUCCUUCUAGGAUCUAGUCAUUUUAUCAAACAUAAUGUGUAUUUAAACAUUGUGUGGAUUUGUUCUAUAUUAGAAGUUAAAUCUUAUAUUUUAAUAUGCUGUUCUUGUGUUUUUAUUUUUCUUGUUUAUGAUUAUAGAUUUCUAAAUUAAUAUUAUUUGUAAUAAUUUUAUCUGUUAUAGUUGUGAAAAAGAACAUACAAUAUUUCAUAUGUAAUUUGAUACAAAUCUUUUAAUGUGUCAUCACAAGUGAAUUGAACUUAUAUUACAAAGUGAUAUCUUGAAAUCAUAUGUUUUGAAUGUAUGAAGACAUAAGGGCAAAGUGGUGGAAGGGUGUACCAAUCAUUACAAAAAAAUAAGACCAUUCUUUUGAAAAAGUACAUUUUUUUUGUAUUGUCAACUUCUUUUAACAUUUAUAUGUACAUGUUAACUUAGUCUAGUUAUCAGGUUAAUACAGGACUUCAGAAAAAAAUUGACAUUAUUAUUUGGAAUUAUUUGGCUCUACUGUUUGUAAACUUUCUUCUCAUGGUCAGUGAAAUAAAGAAAAAGAACAUGGAGUAUUUAAAUGAUAUUUUUAAAUGAACAUGUAUUUAAUGUAGCACUGACGUGAAGUGUCAAAGUUCUGUUUUUACUUGAAUUCUUUUAGGUUUUCUUAAUUUGAAUGAGAAUUGAUGACUUCCUUGUUAAAGUAAAUAUUUCACAUUAAAUAUAAUAUUUGCAUCAUAUUUGUGUAAUGGAGAAGAGUUAUUACGUAUUGUCUCUGAAAUUGUUGGAAAAUAUUAACUGGUUCUGGAAGAUGGUAAUUAUUUGCGAUUGGAUAUAAUCUUCCAUCUUGUUGACUCUCACCACUUCUUAUGAUUCUGAAACAUUUGCAUAAUUAUAAUUUUUUAUCAGUAAAUAUAAGAAUUAAUAAAAAGAAUAAUUAAAA